CAGCAGUUGAGAGCAGACCUUCGUGCUAAGCAGUGAAAAGCUCUCAGGCCCACUCUGAGCUCUGGUACAUGCAGGAGCAGCAGCAGCGGAGAAGGUGAACGACAACUCACGUGACUGUAUUGGGAUCAGACAAAAAGGCAGAGAUGAUUGAGCUGGGCCUCGCUGACGGGAGCCUGAUCGAUGAACUGAUGGAGCUGACGGCUCAGAGCCUCAGUCAGCGGGAGAUCCAGGAGCACUUCAACAUCAUCAAGGAGAUCGGCAGAGGGAAAUACGGCAAAGUGCUGCUGGUGACACACCGCUUUAGGGGGACUCCCAUGGCCUUGAAAGUGAUGCCCAAAGCCUCGACUAAGCUGCAGGGCUUUCUGCGAGAGUACUGCAUCUCCUUACACCUGUCCUGCCACCCCUGCAUCGUGGGCCUCUUUGGCAUCGCCUUCCAGUCUAAUGAGCACUACUGCUUCGCCCAGGAGCUUGUCGUUGGCAGGGACCUAUUUGCUGUCAUCCAACCAAAGGUGGGUAUUCCAGAAUCUUCAGUCAAACGUUGUGUCCUCCAGAUUGCCAGUGCUUUGGAGUUCAUCCACAGCCAUGGCUUGGUCCACCGAGAUGUCAAGCCUGAAAACAUUCUUCUGCUGGACAAUCAUUGUACCCAGGUCAAGCUGGCAGACUUUGGCCUGGCCCAGAAGAGAGGCACAAUGAUACGAUUCAUCACAGGCACCCUGCCCUACAUGGCCCCAGAGCUUUGUACCAUGGCCAUGCUGGAGGGGCAGAAAGAAGUGACUGCUCCCCCUCUGAGCGUGGAGCCAAGCCUGGACACCUGGGCCUUUGGAGUGGUUAUCUUCUGCAUUCUUACGGGCUACUUCCCCUGGGAGCGCUGCAUGGACUCAGACGACUUCUACCUGGAGUUUGCUGACUGGUGCAGAAUGGAAGAGAGACCUAUCACCGAGGAGGACAUUCCUCCUCUGUGGAAAAGGUUCACUCCAGAAGCCAUGGAGAUGUUUGGUAAGCUCCUGGCUUUGGAUGCAGGAGAGAGGUGUACAGUUGGGGAGGUGAGAGCAUAUGGAGAGAAGGACUGGCUGAAGAAGGCAUAUGGGGACGAGCAGCAGAAGACAACAGAAAAAGAAAAAGCCAGCAUCUCUAGAAAUACAUCUGUGCAUAGCAAGGUGGAGGAACCUCCUAAUGCUAAGUAACUUGCAAACCGUAUUAUUGAAUCCUCUUGAACUUCGUAAUUAUACUAUACUAUGGGCUCUAUCUUUUGAUUGUAGCACAUGAUAUAAAGCACAUGGUUCAACUUCUUUUGGGGCAUGUCCAAAACCCUUCAUGCUUGUUCAACCGCAGUUAGAAAAGAGAUCGCUGAGCCAGGUCCAUGAUUCAAAAGGGUUGUACUUUCUAAUUCAUCAUGGCUGUGUUCUGGGCCAUCUCCCAUUCCCUUUAAAAGCCAGGUAGAGAACAUCUCAGCUGGUUUAGUCUAAAACUAGGCCCUGAAUCUCAAAGGCCAAUAUUUCAUGCAAUUUGCAGUGAUGGUAAAUGGACUGAACUAGACAGCGCUUUCCUGGACUUAUCAACCACCCAUUCAAGCACACAUUUACACAGCGUUUCUAAAUGCAACGCGUUUCCUAUCACACAUCCUGAAUGGAGGCACAUUGCAUCCACACUGUAAAGUGUCCAAAAAAAGAAAAGAUGAUUUCACAGGGAUGAGUCCUUAACCAUUCAGACAUACUUUAUAUUAACGGCAACUGCAACAUGCCUGAUUCAAUUCCAGCUGGUACCCUCAGUGGCACUCCUCUCUAUCUCUUUGUGGAAGUGUAUUCUUAUCAUAUGAGUAAGUAGGAAAUAAAUGUACAAACCAUGACUUUUUAUUUGUGUUAAUGGUUAUUCUUCAGUAUUAAGCUGAGAUCAAGUCUGUGCAUCUGACAAUAUUCCAGUUUCAGCUCCUGCAUUGUUCAUAUAAUAAAAAAAUAUUUGUAAAAUUACUUGGUUCAUUUAAAUUAUUUACAUGUGAUGCAAGACAUGAAAUCACCUUGUUAACAGCAAAGAACUCUUUGUUAUACUUGUUUUUGUUGUUGACUCCUAACAAAGCAACCGAAGACCAUCUACAAUUGCAGUUCUUCAAUUACAUGAAUGAUCUGAAUAAGUGUAGUAAUGCAGUCAGUACAUAUGUUGCUGCACAAACUAAAUAAUAUUGUUGAGAGUUUAACAGUGGAAUAUUUAUUUACAUAUUUUUUCCUGACCAGCUUUAAUGUUGAUAUAGGAUUUAUUUAUCCUCUGUGUUAAUUAGAAUUUUCUGCCAGGUCAACUCGAAAACUUCUCAUAAAUUACAUCUGCACUGAUAACAUUCGCAGAUUCAUAUUUUUCUUGAGUUAUAUUUGUGAGCAUACCCAACUGUUUGAUUUUAAAACAAUAAUAUUCAAUUACGAAAUGUAUAUAAAUAAAUAGGUUUAGUAAAAAACUAUGUUGCACAGUGGGAGUCAUUGCUUGUUCUUACCGUGUCAGUAACACAGUUCACAUGAUUGUUGUAUUAUUGUUCAGAAGAUUGUAUAUAUGUUGAAAUGUAUAUACAACACAAUUCAAAUGAGUCAUCAUCAAUAAAAUGCAAUUUUCAGCCACCUUCCUGAGUUGAUAUAUUAUACUAUCUUCUGUCUCUGCCUCACUUCACUGACCUUAUUCAGCCUCUUUCCUCUUGACAAUCUGCUGCAGCUGGUUCUCCAU